UUCAGCGGCGCUCGCGAAUCGGCGCAAAUGGCAACGCUCGCGUUCUCCGCGGCUUGGGCUCUCGUUCUAUGGAUAUCACACACACACACAGCCUCGGGUGCGCGGGUUUAUCCUCCCAAUGAAGUGACUUUACUGGACUCGAGGACAGUGCAGGGUGAGCUGAAAUGGGUUUCCAGUCCAACAGAAGGAGGGUGGGAAGAAGUAAGCAUAAUGGACGAGAAGAACACGCCUAUCAGGACGUACCAAGUGUGCAACGUUAUGGAACCUAACCAGAACAAUUGGCUUCGGACAGACUGGAUCGCACGUGGAGCGGCCCAGCGCAUUUAUGUCGAGAUAAAGUUUACUCUGCGGGACUGCAACAGCUUACCGGGUGUAAUGGGCACGUGCAAGGAGACGUUCAAUCUCUACUACUACGAAUCCAACAAUGACAAAGAGCGAUACAUUCGUGAGAACCAGUUCAUCAAGAUUGACACGAUUGCCGCUGACGAGAGUUUUACCCAGGUGGACAUUGGAGACCGCAUCAUGAAGCUCAACACUGAGGUACGGGAUGUGGGCGUCUUGACACGCAAAGGCUUCUACUUGGCCUUCCAGGAUGUGGGGGCAUGCAUUGCCCUGGUGUCUGUGCGGAUUUUUUACAAGAAGUGCCCACUUACAGUGCGCAAUCUUGCUCAGUUUCCGGACACUACCACGGGAGCGGAUACAUCGUCGCUGGUGGAGGUCCGUGGCUCAUGUGUGGACAACUCAGAGGAGCGUGAAGUACCCAAGAUGUAUUGUGGGGCAGAUGGAGAAUGGCUGGUACCAAUUGGAAGCUGUCUUUGUAACCCAGGAUUCGAGGAGCGAGCAGGAGCAUGCCAAGCCUGUAAGAUCGGCUACUACAGAGCUUUGGCCAGUGACGCCGGCUGCUCCAAAUGUCCUCCUCACAGUUACUCUGUGCGUGAAGGUUCUACAUCGUGCACGUGUGACAAAGGAUACUUCCGUUCCGAGACGGACCCCGCAUCCAUGCCCUGCACCCAGCCCCCAUCUGCCCCUCAACACCUCAUCUCUAAUGUCAAUGAGACAUCGGUGAACCUGGAAUGGUCGGCACCGGCCUUUUCAGGGGGAAGACAGGAUCUCACGUACAACGUCGUGUGUAAACGGUGCGGCCCGGAUGGACAGAGGUGCGAGCCGUGUGGAGUCGCCGUCCAUUACACCCCCCAGCAGCUUAGCCUGAGGACCACACGAGUGUCUAUCAAUGAGCUGCAAGCACACACAAACUACACUUUUCAAGUGUGGGCGAUCAACGGCGUGUCGCCACAGAGCCCAGGGCCUGAUCAAGCCGCUUCGGUUACCGUCACCACCAAUCAGGCGGCUCCCUCUCCAGUUACCUCCAUCCAGGCCAAGGACAUCACCCGGCACGGCGUGUCGCUGGCAUGGCAGCAGCCCGAGAGGCCCAACGGCGUCAUCCUCGAGUACGAGGUCAAGUACUACGAGAAGGACCAGAACGAGCGCAGCUACCGCAUCAUGAAGACGGCGUCCCGCAGUGCCGAUAUUAAAGGCCUGAGUCCGCUCACUUCUUACGUCUUCCACGUCCGGGCCCGGACUGCGGCCGGCUACGGAGAAUUCAGCGCUCCUUUCGAAUUCAUGACCAACUCAGUUCCUUCUCCAAUUAUUGGCGAUGGCGCCAACUCCACCGUGCUCCUGGUCUCGGUUAUCGGCAGUGUGGUCCUGCUGCUCAUCUUCAUCGCCGUCUUCGUCAUCGGACGCAGGAGGAGCAAAUACAGCAAAGCCAAGCAGGAUUCUGAUGAAGAGAAACACCUACACCCAGGGGUGCGGAUCUAUGUGGACCCUUUCACGUACGAGGACCCCAACCAGGCCGUGCGCGAAUUCGCCAAAGAGAUCGACGCCUCCUGCAUUAAGAUCGAAAAGGUCAUCGGCAUCGGUGAGUUUGGCGAAGUGUGUAGCGGACGCUUGAAGAUGCCGGGGAAACGAGAGAUCUGUGUCGCCAUCAAGACUCUCAAAGCUGGAUACACGGAGAAGCAAAGACGAGAUUUCCUGAGCGAGGCCAGCAUCAUGGGCCAGUUUGAUCACCCAAAUAUCAUCCGCCUUGAGGGAGUCGUUACUAAAUGCAAACCUGUAAUGAUCAUCACUGAGUACAUGGAAAACGGGUCCCUCGAUGCCUUUCUGAGGAAAAAUGAUGGCCGCUUUACGGUCAUCCAGCUGGUCGGUAUCCUGCGAGGAAUUGCAUCAGGCAUGAAGUAUCUCUCGGACAUGAGUUAUGUCCACCGUGACCUAGCCGCCAGGAACAUUUUAGUCAACAGCAACCUGGUGUGUAAAGUGUCUGAUUUUGGCAUGUCUCGGGUUCUGGAGGAAGAUCCGGAUGCAGCUUAUACAACACGGGAAAUAAUGGGAACCUAUCAAUCGCAGGGCGGAAAAAUCCCCAUUCGCUGGACAGCACCAGAGGCCAUCGCGUACAGGAAGUUCACUUCAGCGAGCGACGUCUGGAGCUAUGGGAUCGUCAUGUGGGAAGUGAUGUCGUAUGGCGAGCGGCCAUAUUGGGACAUGAGCAACCAGGAUGUCAUAAAAGCCAUUGAAGAAGGAUACAGGCUUCCCCCGCCAAUGGAUUGUCCUGUUUCUCUACACCAGCUGAUGUUAGACUGCUGGCAAAAAGAGAGAGCCGAGAGACCCAAAUUUAGCCAGAUUGUCAAUAUGUUGGACAAAUUAAUCCGUAAUCCCAAUACGCUAAAGAGGACUGGAGCAGAAAUACCAAGACCGAACACCACCCUUCUAGAACCUAGCAGUCCAGAAUUCUCCUCUCCCCUGGGGAACGUGUCUGACUGGCUAACGGCCAUCAACAUGGAGCGCUACCGUGACAACUUCACUGCCGCCGGCUACACCACCCCAGAGGCGGUAGUGCACAUGACGCAAGAAGACAUGACAAGGAUAGGCAUCGCCUCCGCCGCACACCAGGACAAGAUCCUCAGCAGCGCGCAGGGAAUGCUGUCCCAGAUGCAGCAGAUACAGGACAGGAUGGUUCCAGUCUGAUCAGAAACUCUCCUACAACACACCUUUUUUUUUGGUCCCUUUGUUUUUGUUUUGUUUAAUUUUUAGACAUUUUUACCUCAUCCUCAUUUACGCACUUUAAAAAAAAAAAUGAAUAAAACAAGAACAAGGACGAAUGGAGAACGGCACUUUUUUUUCUCCUGGAUCACCUUUCGAAAGGAGGAUAUGUUCCUUUCCAUGGUGGUGUUAUGAAACUAUGUUCUUCAGUCACGCAUUUUGCUCCAGGAUGG